UUUUACAUUUUUUAAAGUUCUGUGUUUAUCUGCGACCUGUGAAUCUCAGAAUUUUGAAGUCUUCUCUUUAUCUCCUGAUUCAGCUGAUAACUAUUUGGGUGUUGGAGAGAGAGAAAGAGAAAGUGAAGGAGAUUGAUCAAAUAUGGCAACAUUUGCAGGGACAACCCAGAAGUGUAAGGCAUGUGAGAAGACGGUGUACUUGGUGGAUCAGCUUACUGCUGACAACAAAGUCUAUCACAAGGCUUGUUUCAGGUGCCACCACUGUAAGGGUACCCUUAAGCUGAGUAAUUACUCAUCCUUUGAAGGUGUUUUGUAUUGCAAGCCUCACUUUGAUCAACUAUUUAAGAUGACUGGAAGCUUGGAUAAAAGCUUUGAAGGCACUCCUAAAACUGUUAACAGAUCUGCCGAUCAGGUCCAUAGCAACACCAAAGUUUCAAGCAUGUUUGCUGGAACUCAGGAUAAAUGUGUUGCUUGCAAGAAAACAGUUUAUCCCCUUGAAAAGGUGGCAGUCGACGGGACAUCAUAUCACAAGGCAUGUUUCAGGUGCGCUCAUGGAGGCUGUGUAAUCAGCCCAUCAAACUAUGUAGCCCAUGAGCAUCGUCUCUAUUGUAGGCACCAUCACAACCAACUCUUUAAGGAGAAGGGAAAUUUUAGCCAACUUGACAAGCAAGACCAGGUUAAACCGGUGGCUGAGACUCUGGCAGCAGAGUGAGAAUAUAAAUUUUCCUCAAAUCUUGAAAUGAGUGAUACCUCAAGGAGUUCGACGCAAUUGCAAAAUGUGCUACAGUUACUGCUAUAAUAUGUAAUAUGAUGAAAAUGAUAAUUCAGUUUGUUGCUUGUUGCUUUCUUUCUUUCUUUCUUUCCUUCCUUUUUUUUUUUUUUUCGUGUGUGAGCUUUGAAAUGAAUGUUUAAUUAGUUUUUCGUUUUACAGUCCUAUAAACAAUGAACUUAAAGCACAAAAGUUUUGUAUUAGUUUUCAAGUUCAAAUUUUGACAUGCUUCAAUUCUCUA